CUCACCUCUCUGUCUCUCUCUCUCUCUACAAUUACAAAUGAUAAGGAGCCAAAGAAAAAUUAUGUGGGCUACUUGGAUCCACUCAAUCGCAACUCCAACAUGUGUUCUAUGUUAAAAAGCGAAAGCUUCUAAGCCAAUGAACUAUUUUAUGAAAGUUCAUUAAUUUUCUCAAGUUCUCUUCAUUACCCAUUUGUCUUCUUCUGAUUCCUUUCUUGUUGGCGUUUGGUUCCUGAGAGUUUGAGCAGAAUUUACAUUUGGGUUUUUGAUUUCAGAGUGUUUUCUGACGAUUUCAGUUUCUGGGUCUUGCUUACAAUGAUGUCUACAUACCAUAAUCUUGAUUUGGGGAGGACUGUUUUGGAUUUGGUUGCUUGUGGCUGUUCUUCCAGCUCUUCAUUCGACAGGUCUUCUGUCAGAAAUUACUCAAAGGUGAUUUCUAAGGGAAGUGGUAGAGUUUAUGGAGUUCGGAGAUUGGUUACCACUCGUCGGGACCGGACUCUUUGUCGAGUCUCUUCUAUGAAAACAGUUGAGCCUCUGCUUAAUGAUGCUACUCAAGGUCCUCCGCGAGUUUUGAAUUUGGAGGAGCCAAAAAAGUCGAUUUCCUUAACAAAUUUGUUUGAAGUGGUUGCUGAUGACCUCCUGACUUUGAACCGUAAUCUUCAGUCGGUUGUUGGAUCAGAAAACCCAGUUCUGAUGUCUGCUGCUGAGCAAAUAUUUGGUGCUGGUGGGAAGAGGAUGAGACCAGCUUUGGUGUUUUUAGUUUCAAGAGCAACAGCAGAACUAGCUGGGCUGAAGGAACUUACCACAGAGCAUAGGCGUUUGGCAGAGAUUAUUGAGAUGAUACAUACAGCUAGCUUGAUACAUGAUGAUGUGUUGGAUGACAGUGACAUGCGUAGAGGGAAGGAAACUGUUCAUCAAUUGUAUGGUACAAGAGUGGCAGUACUUGCGGGAGACUUCAUGUUUGCUCAGUCAUCGUGGUAUCUUGCAAAUCUUGAAAACCUUGAGGUCAUUAAGCUUAUCAGCCAGGUAAUUAAAGAUUUUGCAAGUGGAGAAAUAAAGCAAGCAUCUAGCUUGUUUGAUUGUGAUGUCAAACUUGAGGAGUACUUGAUCAAGAGCUACUACAAAACAGCCUCCUUAAUUGCUUCUAGUACCAAAGGAGCUGCAAUUUUUAGUGGGGUUGACACCUAUAUAGCUGAGAAAAUGUACGAAUAUGGUAGGAAUCUCGGUCUGUCCUUCCAAGUUGUUGAUGAUAUAUUGGACUUUACACAGUCAGCAGAGCAACUGGGGAAGCCGGCUGGCAGUGAUCUGGCGAAAGGGAACCUUACAGCGCCUGUAAUUUUCGCACUUGAGAAAGAGCCAAAACUUAGAGAUAUCAUCGAGUCGGAGUUCAGUGAGACUGGUUCUCUUGAUGAAGCCAUUGAGUUAGUCAAGAGUUGUGGUGGCAUUGAGAAGGCACAGGAGUUGGCAAAAGAAAAGGCUGAUGCUGCGAUCCAAAAUCUGCAAUGUCUUCCUCAGAGCUCUUUUCGAAGAGCUCUGGAGGACAUGGUGAUGUUUAAUCUUGAACGGAUUGACUGACUUAGCCAAAUUUCAAACCUACAUGCUCUGGUGGGAAAUCCAUUUUAUAGAAAAGAAACUCCUCUGGCUCUGGGGACAAGUAUCAGUGAGUCUUCUUCUGCUGCUGAUGACAAGCUGCUUGUGACUGGUUGUACAUUCAUAGAAAGGGGUAGCUCAUUAUAUUGUUUACCCAAAUUACAUUUUUGUUGCAGAAUUGGUAACCAAAAAAAAAGGGAAAAUAAUAAUAAUUAUUAUUAAAAUUCUUGUAGAAUAAAUCUCCAAGGUAAUAAUUUUGAGCCAUUUUAUUGAUCCAUAAA